AUGAUUUUCCAUAAUUUCAUGCAUCUGAGACUGGGGCCCAUCGUCAACGUACCACGGUGCAAUUUCCACAUAGUACUUGUAGCCCUCGGAACGAAAACGAACGCGUUCGCCGCCGAGAAGACGAACAUCGCUGUGAAGGACAGCAUCACGGUCAAGCGAUCACCUUUGUCCGGUUGGCCUUGCACGAUCGAAGCUGAACCUGGGACAAGAGCGGCCUUUCCGGCUCCGGGUCACGAUCAUGUGCAUCUUGAAGUACAUGGGCCAGAUGGCGGCUUGGAGGAUACGGAAGUGGGCUUCGGUGAGAGCGUUUUUGGCGGUGAUGUUGACGAGGAAUGA